AUGUUUAAAUUUUUGAAGAGCAACACUAGCACUUCAAGCAAUCCAGAUGAGUUGGCGCUAGUUGUUGUGGGGGAACAGAAUAAUGUUGAUGUAGAAGAUGAUGUCGGUACAGAGGACGACGUUCAGGUUAAUGCGGAUAGUGACAAUGUGACUGAUCAUCACGAUAAAUCUGCUAGUGUUGAUGAUGAACCAGUUCCAGUUAGUGUGGAUAUUUAUGACCCGGCAAAUUGGGCUACUCUUGGUAACAAAGAAAGGGACAUGUUAGUGGAGAAGGGUCCUAUCCGCGAAGAGAAUAUAACUUUUCGUUCAGAUGCUAAGAAGAGACAUUUUUCAUAUUCGCAUUAUAAUAGACAGAUGAGCAAUGGAGAGGUACGUGAUCGAAGAUGGCUAGUUUAUUCAAGAAGUGUUGACAAAGUGUUCUGCUUUUCAUGUAAGUUGUUCAAUCCUAUCAACUGCAAGAGUUCUUUGGCGCAUGAUGGGUUUUGUGAUUGGAAACAUAUCACCAACAUACUCAAAGAACAUGAAGUUAGUGCCGAUCAUAUGACAAGCAUGAUUUCUUGGAACGAAUUGAGAAGUAGACUGAGCAAACAUGAAACAAUUGACAAGGAGUUGCAGCAUGAGAUCACAAAACAGAAGGAGCGCUUGAGGCAAGUUUUACUAAGAAUAGUUGCUAUUGUGAAUUUUUUUGGUAAACGCAGUUUGGCAUUCAGAGGAUCCAGUGAGAAACUUUAUGAUGAUCAUAAUGGUAAUUUCUUAGCUUGUGUAAAAAUGAUUGCAGAAUUUGAUAUGGUAAUGCAAGACCACAUUAGAUGUCUUGUGGUAAGGUUGUUUCUUUCUUUGGUAUCGUGCAACGGAUCUAUGUUUUAUUUUCUGGGUCUACCAAAAGAUGGAAAGUGUUGCUUGACCACGUGGAAGGUUUAA